GAAGCACUCCCGAGCGCAACCAUAUAAUCUUCAACGCAACAUGAGCAAACGCCCUGCAGACGAGCCUUUGGAGCAAACCACCGCCUCUCCCUUCUCCAAACGCGCCAGGGUCGAAGAGGUCGUCGACGAGGAUGCGCCCGCGCCGAAACCCACGAAACAGACCAACGGACAUAGCCAUGGCGUAGCUGAAGCUGCUGCGCAAGAGAAGGAUGCUCUGGAAGAGGCAGAAGGGAACCAGGAAGAGGAAGAGGAAGAGGAAGAUGAAGAUGACCGACCUGCUGUCUCUGGCCCGACGCGACAAAAGGCGCCAGCUGAAGGCUACUCGGACCUGUACCUGGACACGAUCAAUCGCGGCGUGCUAGACUUUGACUUUGAGAAGCUGUGCAGUGUGACGCUAUCAAAUAUUAACGUCUACGCCUGUCUUAUAUGCGGCACCUACUACCAAGGUCGCGGCCCCAAAUCACAAGCCUACUUCCACGCUCUCGACAUUGGUCACCAUGUCUUCAUCAACAUGCACACCAAACAAGUCUACGUCCUGCCCGAUGGUUACGAGGUCAAGCACAAGAGUUUGGAAGACAUCAAAUUUGUAGUUGAUCCGAAAUACUCAAAGCAAGACGUCACGAAAUUGGACAAGGUGCGACUACACGCCUGGGAUCUUCAAGGAAAGAAAUACACACCAGGCUAUGUCGGCAUGAACAACAUCAAGGCCAACGACUAUUUCAAUGUCGUCUGUCAUGCUUUGGCUCAUGUGCCUCCGCUCCGUAACUACUUCAUGCUGGAGGAUCUGCACGACCGACCACAGCUUGUGCAACGCUUCGGUACUCUGUUGCGCAAGAUCUGGAACCCUCGCUCAUUCAAAGCACAUGUUUCUCCUCACGAGCUGUUGCAAGAGAUUUCACAGCGAUCGAGCAAAAAGUUCUCCCUGACGGAACAAUCAGACCCUGCCGAUUUUCUCUCCUGGUUUCUAAACAACCUACAUACAGGUCUGGGUGGAAGCCGAUCGAAGCCUCGCAGCAGUAUCAUACAAAAGAUCUUCCAGGGCCAACUGCGCGUGGAGUCACAAUCCAUCACAGCACGGGCAGACGCGCAAGAUCGUCUCCGCUUCGAGGAUGCCGCCAUCCAAAGCGCCAUAACACCCUUCAUGAUGCUGACUCUCGACCUCCCCGCCGCUCCCCUCUUCCAAGACGACAGGAACGAGAACAUCAUCCCUCAAGUCAGUCUUACAAACAUUCUCGCCAAAUACGACGGUAUCCGCGCACAAGAACGUCUCAACACACGUCUACGCUAUCGUCUCCUCCACCCUCUGCCACCAUACCUACUCAUGCACGUCAAACGCUUCUCCCCAAACAAAUUCCUCCAAACUCAAAGAAACCCUACUAUCGUAACCUUUUCACCUCGUUCGCUGGACAUGUCGCCCUAUGUCGAGCCCAACCCAUCUCUGCAUUCACCUUCUGAGCCCAUCAUCUAUGAUCUCGUCGCCAACAUCACCCACGAAGGUGUCCGCGUCCGCGACGACAGUGUAGAAGGAGAGGCAGAAAAGAAAGUCUGGCGUGUACAAUUGCUGGAUCGCGGAAGAGAAGAGAACAGCAAUGCUGACUCUGACCGUUGGGUUGAAAUGCAGGAUCUCUGGGUUGGAAGAGUGGAGGCUGAGUUGCUGAGUACAAAAGAAGCAUAUGUUAUGGUUUGGGAAAGGAGAAGAAGUGGUGUCGCACCUAGUAAGAAGUAGAAAAAAAUACAGAAAUCAGAGAAGAUGAGUAUGAGAGAUACCCCUUCCUUCCUCUGCUU